AGGUUAGAGGUUAGAAACGUCAUUUGACUAGAGUUAAGGAAUCGCGGGUUCGUACGAUACGUCGUCGUUUCCGAUACUAUGCGUGAAAUUUGUUUCCAUUUAAAUGUUUUUUUUUCCUUAUUUAACCCUAUUAUUAAUUUUAUAUCCCAAAAGCCAAAACUAUUUCUCGUUGGAAAUGAAAAAUCGCUUCGCUCAUAAAUACAAUUCCUUUUGCUCGUCAUAAUCAAAAUCCAAACCCUACUUUUAGGGUUUUCCUCUUUGUUUUUAUGAUAUUCUUGUCCUGAAAUAAAAUCAUGUUCUUAUUUUUUUUUAAUUCAAAUAAUUCGUUGUGAUCAAUACAAUUGAUCUGUACAUAGGAAACCCUAAUUUUGCUUGAAUUUUAAAUCAUUUCACAUUUGGAUCUGCUAUUGUGAUUUCGUUUAUUGAAAUGGCGGAUCAAGAAGAAGAGGAUUUGAGAAUGGCUUUAAGAAUGAGCAUGCAAAAUUCACCACCAGAACCUAAGCGAAGCAAGCCAAGAGACGCUGCCGGAGCAGCUCCCGCAUCUUCGCCGGAGGAUACUAGACGGCUCCAGCGGGAGCUUAUGGCUGCGGCUGCUGAGAAACGUAUGCUCGCAGCAAAAAUUACGUCGCCUUCGAAUACCACUACUGAUAAUAGAAGUCCCGAUAAAAGCGCUGUUUUCUCUAGGAAGGAGAAAGAUUUUGGCGCGAAGGAGGGUAAUAUGGGAAAAGAAUUGUCUAGUGAGGAAGCGAUUCAGUUGUUUUCAAUGGCGUUUGGGACUGUUGUUACCAAGGAUAUUUUGGCACAAUGGAGUAACCAGGGCAUAAGGUUUAGCCCUGAUCCAGAAACUUCAAUGGGUCUAGUGCAGCAUGAAGGUGGGCCCUGUGGCGUCUUAGCAGCCAUACAAGCUUUCGUUCUCAAAUACCUGCUUUUCUUUUCGGAUGACUUAGGUAAAGUUGCACCAAACAUGCUGCAAAAUUUUGGUUCUGGUACUAAAAGGCGAUACAUUGCAUCAAAUAACUUGGGUUCUCUCACUGAGGAUACAAAAGCAAGAGCCCUGGUCAGAAGUAUGGGUGAGAUAUUGUUCCUGUGUGGAAGUAGUAAAAGGGCUGUUAUUGCUACUUUGAAUUCUAUUGCUUGUGAUGCUGGGGGACCUGAAAAGGAUGAGACCAUUGCAAAAGCACUUGAAGGGCUUUAUAUUGAAUCGGCAUCUGAUUUGCAGAAAAUUUUAAGAAUUGACACAUAUACAUCACAAGCAAGUGCAUUGCAGAGGCUACAAGCAACACUUCCCGUCUUCCAAUCUCGUAUGGGGGCACUGCUUUUCCUUAUUUCUGCAUUACUCUCUAGAGGAUUGGAUUCUGUUCAAGCUGAUAGGGAUGACCCCAGCCUUCCUCUGGUUACUGCCCCUUUUGGGCAUGCCUCUCAGGAAAUUGUGAAUCUUCUGCUCUGUGGGCAGGCUGUCCCUAAUGUAUUUGAUGGUAGAAUGGAUUUAGGUGAUGGCAUGUGCCUUAAGGGCAUAUCCACAAGUGUGGAAGUUGGAUUUCUUACUCUGUUAGAAUCCCUCAAUUUCUGCAAGGUUGGCCAGCAUCUAAAAUGCCCUAAAUGGCCAAUAUGGGUUGUUGGAAGUGAGUCCCACUAUACAGUUUUAUUUGCUCUUGAUACCACCGUUCAAGAUGAGAAUGAGCUGGAAGAAAGGGAAACACAGAUUAGGAAAGCUUUUGAUGCACAAGAUCAGAGUGGUGGUGGUGGCUUUAUUGGUGAGGAAGGUUUCCAUCAAGUCCUAAGGGAAACCAAUAUUAGACUUCCACCUGAGAAACUUGAUCACCUUUGUAGCACAGGCUUUAUUGUAUGGAGUGAGUUCUGGCAGGUCAUUUUGGAUCUAGACAAGAGUUUGGGGGGCCUAAAGGAUUCAAGUGGAUUGAUGGGCAAGAAGGUCUUUGAUCUUUACCAUUUUAAUGGCAUUGCGAAAUCUGAUUUAAUUGGUAGUCACAUGACCUCAGGAGGUGAGACACCAGUGCAGAGACCUAGGCUAACAAAGCUAAGAGUUUCAGUUCCACCAAGGUGGACUCCGGAGGAAUUCAUGGCAGAUGUGGUAGUGUCCUCUGGUUCUGGGGGGAAUGAAGCAAGUGGCAAAGACACUGAAGUCACAAAGCCUGAGCCAUCUCAACAUGCACCUUUGGUAGACUGCAUUAGAACGCGCUGGCCCCGUGCCGUUUGCACUUGGAUGGGGGAUCCUCCUAGCAUAGUCUGAACCCUCUUGGAUCACUUGAUGUCCCGUUAUUGUUAGCUUAAGAUCAUAGACUCAACAAGCACCACAAAUGACUCAGCAGGAGGUGCAGUGUUUUUCUUCUAGCCAUGAGAGUUGGUUUUCCUGGUUCGUCUGUCUUGAGCAUGUGCAACGCCAUUUUCUACCAUGUACUGUUGUAGCUUUCUGAUUACCAUCGAUUUUGAUGUCAGAUACUGGAGAGAGGGAUUUUGCCGAUAUUUCUUCAUAUUCCAAUGUGUAAAAUCCAUUUAUAGUUACCUGUGUUGAUUAGGGAAAGUUUUCAGCGAGGAAAUGUCAAUAAUAACUUGUCAAUUCUUGCCGUUGAUUGUGUUGUAACAUUUGACAUUCUUCAUGCUAGGAAUUCUUUUGGAUAAAAACCCAAGUGAUUUCUUUUA